AUGGCCCUCCUGGCUCACACCCUGGCACUGCUGGCAAUGACCGUAGCCACCACGGCCAUCAAGGUGGUGCCCCUGGACAUGGCCCGGGACUCCUUUGAUGACCAGUACCAAGGCUGUGGCCCUGCCAUGACCAUGGCAUUGCCAUCCCUCUACAACUUUGAGUUCCAGAAGAAUCCUCUCUUUGCCCAGACCUGGGUGAAGGCCGAGGCUGAGUGGCGCAAGCGGGGCUCCCCUGUGUCCCCUCUGUCAUCCCCAGCCCAGGCCGUUGCUGUCAUGGCCUACACAAUGAAGUAUCUGUACAAGGAGUUCAAUGCAGCUGUGCACGUGGCGGGACGCUCCCGCCAGGAAUACCGGAACAACUUCCACUUCAAAACGCUGCAUUUCCUGCUGACCCAGGCACUGGUGUCACUGAGGCAUGCUCAGAAUUCUCAGUGUCACCAUGUGUUUCGGGGUGUGCGUGACAUUAAUUUCAAGGCACGGCGUGGUCAGAGGGUCCGGUUUGGUCAGUUCACAUCGACGUCGCUGAGCAAAGAGAUCGCCCAGCAUUACGGGACAGACACGAUUUUCGAGCUUCACACGUGCCAUGGUGUGAACAUCCAGGCAUUUUCUUAUGAUCGCAACAACCGAGAGGUGCUGAUCCCACCAUACGAAACCUUUGAGGUCACCAAAGUCACCUGGAAUGGGAAGAGGGCAUGGAUCAGUCUCCGCUCCACCGGGACCUUCAGCAAAUACAACUGCGCGUUGCUGUGA